AAUAGUCGUGAUUUUAUUUUCAGAUAUAAAUACAAUAUAAAACGUUGCUUCACUAGUUAUUUUACGCUACAAAAGGAAAAAAAAUUGCAGGGGUGAUAUGUUGUCUUCUGUGUAAAAGCACUUCCUCUAGUACAUCCCCUCCGGAAUCGAUUUUUCUGGAUGAGAAAUUCGCGUGUUUGCGAAAAUAUUACAAGUGGCUGGCUGUAGUUGAGAUUAUGGUUGAAUGACUUUGACAGACUUUAUGAUUGAAGAUACCAUGACUGUUCGAAUCUCACUGGAAGACGACGCUAAAACUGGGCGAACAGUUGUGGCAUUAUGGUACUUCCCUGAAACGACAUGCGAACCCCAACGGAAUAAGUCAUUCUGCGAGAGGAAGACACUACCAUUUCUACUUGACUGCGAUGACAACACUCACCAUAAGAUGAGGGGAAGCAGCACCAUCAAUCAAACAAAUCUGUUACAGAGGUCCUCGUGGUUCGGGAUGUGCACAGUAUUGAAAUCGCGCGGUAUUACGCAAGCUCGCAAGGGAAAGGUCAAAAGGGAGGCUUCAUCAUGCUAUCGAGAAGGAGUCUAGUCUUCGGAAAACUUCACGGCAACAUUUACAUCAUUUAAUGAGCAAGAAAUCUAACAAAGUUUGUUUGAUGAAUGCAGAUACAUUAUUAUAUGAGAAACACCUGCAUAAUUACUUAAUAAAUUUAAUCCAUG